GUGUGGUUCUUUUGCUUGUUUCCUCUUGUCUUGCCAUGGAGUACUAUGAAGCUUAAAUGGGAAGGCCUUUCUUGCAUUCUUCUAUGGAUGGGAGCUCAAACCCAUUGGUUGAUGUGGGGUUACCUGCUUGAGUUUGGAGGCAAUAAGGUUUUUCUACAGCUUUGGGUGGCUAGCUUAAUUUUUAUGGCUGCUAAUACGUUUGUCAUGAUAAUGACUAUCUGGCAUCAUAGAUACUCCCCACUAUUUAAAUGCCUUGCAAAGUCCAAGAAUUCUGUGAAAAUUGAGUGAGGAAAUGACCCUGCAACCAUUGUGGAUUUGGGGAUUCCCUUUGUUUAACUAAGGUUUUGACAUUAAUCCUAUUAGAACAUUUGACUAACCAUGUGAAAUUUAAUUUGCAGCAAUUAAUUUUUCUGUCAAGAUUGUUGUAGCAAUUUGAGGGUACUGUGCUUGUAACUCUAUGUAGAUUAGCUUGUAGAAACAGGUGGUAGAGGGUUGAAACCAUUGAUGUUUAGCAAGCAUAAUCAAAUUAUAUCUUUUGUUAGUUUCUGGUAUUUUGUUUUUGAUUAUUAGUCCAGAGAAAAGAGUUCCAUCGCCCAUCCUUAAUUACCUACCAUAAACGAUCAAUAAAUUUCCCUUAUUCUCUUGUGGUCAUAGUUUCUGCCCCAUUACUUAAUAGAAGGAAUGCAGCAGGCAAGUGAGUGAUACAGGAACAUGCAUGCUUCAGGUUUCUUUGAUCCUAUCAUUCUGCAUUGGUGAGCUUGAAAGUGCUUUGAAGGUUCGUUCUAACCCUUUAAAAUCCAGUCUUGUAAUUGUGCCCCAAUUGUAUGUCUUGCUAGAAAAAUUUUCAUUGCCGUAACUUUCUCAGAGAUGUGUGUUUAUAAAUAGAAGUUAAAUUAAGCUGAAGGAAACAGCUGAUGGUUAUGUUUAUUUUCCCAUUGAAGAACAGUCUCGAGUCAAAGUUUUCAUACUGAGAUAAUUCAGCAUUCACACUGUUGUAUCACUGCUGUUUCUUUGGGAUCCAUCUGUACUGGUGUCUGAAAUUUAUUUAU